AUGGCCCUUGGGCAUGUGGCUGCCCGUACAUACCAUGCUGCUGCGAGUGGAAACACCAGGCAUAGCCCUUGGUCGUGUGGCUGCCGUAUAUACCAUGCUGCUGCGAGUGGAAACACCAGACAUGGCCCUUGGUCGUGUGGCUGCCCGUACAUACCAUGCUGCUGCGAG